AUGUCUGAACAUGAAGAUGGUAUUAACGAAUUGUUUCCAUAUUUUAGAAAAAAGAGCAAUGUUAACAAUGUUAAAAGAACCUCAAGCUUUGUGACACUUUUAGAAGAUUUGAAUACGCUUGAAAAAGAGACUAAUCCUGAAGCAAAGUAUUAUAAAGGAAAAAUUUUAUGGGACCUAAACAGAAAGGAAGCUAUUCGUUUGAUGAAAUUGGCGGCAUUCCAGGGGCAAAGUGAUGCAUUAGAAUUCUGUAAGCAAAACAUUUUUACUGAAAGUUAUAAAAGGAAGCUUGUAGUUAUUGCCGGAGCUACUGGCGAUAUAGGAUUUAAUAUUGCUAAGGCUUUUCUUAAAUAUGGAUACAAGAAGUAUGCAAUCAAGGUAAUUCGACAUGCUAACAGUGAAUAUCUUGAAGAGGAAAAAUUGAAAAGAGAAAAUAGAGCUAAAAAGUUAGAAGAAGAAGGUGCAGGCGUCGAGCAGGUAGACUAUAACAAACAUGACAAACUUGUCGAAGCUUUAGCAGGAGCGAGUUUUGUUGUUAGUGCUUUAGGUAUAGGCAGUAGAAAGCCAUGCUAUAAUGCUCAGAUAAACUUGCUAAAAGCUAUGCUGGAAAUUAAUGAAAGAUUUGAUAAAAAUGAAAAAGGAAUAAAAAAGAUAGAAAGAUUUGUCCCAUCUGAGUUUUAUGUUGAUUAUAAUUCUAUUCAAAAAGAGUCUAAAAAAAUAAUUGCUGAGGCACUUUGGUAUACCUUCGAAGAUAAGAAAAACUUUCAAGAAGCAUUAAAAAAUAGAAAAGUUGUAAAGAAAACAGUUAUCAUGAAUAAUGGAAAAUUAGAAAUAAUAAAAGAAGCGGAGGAAUUAAGCAAAGCUAAACUUGACUAUUUUUAUCUUUACACUAGAUUAGCUUAUGAGUAUGUUGCUUGGCUCAGAUUUGACACAACUACCAGAGAUGCUAAUUUUUAUGCAGAAAAGGAUAAAAAAGUGUCCCUUACGUCUUUUGCUGAUAUUGGAAGAUGUGUUGUAGAAGUGCUUGAUAACGAUGAAUUUGUUAACAAAGCUAUCAAAGUGAAUGGAAUUAGUUUAACGUUAGGAGAUGUACGCAAUAAAUUUGUUGCAAGCUACAAAAAAUUUGUAGCUGACAAAGAAUGGUCAGACAUGUAUCAUUUUGAAGAUCUCGCUAACCUGAGUACAAAUGAACACGAGGAGAUCAAAGUUUUGCAAGCUAGAAACCUAGAUUUAGGUCCUGACAUGUUAACAGAGAAAGAGCUAGGUUUUAAACUUGAUAAUGAUUUAGACAGAGUUAUUGAAAUUUUUGUUAGAACAAAUGCAAAAGAGCAGUUAGAUCUUGGUCAUAUACAUGAAUUUCCAGAAUUGUUAAAUGACCUGUUUGAACCAAGCAGAUAA